AUGACGACAGUGAAUCUAGUCUGUCGCAGAAGAGUACGUAUCCUGCUAUGGGUAAGCGCCCUCGCCAUCAUACUCUACUGCAGUCUUCUGCCAGAGCAGGAGCAGAGCAGAAACCCUGUCGGACAGCCGGAAACAGUUCACAUCCUCAUGUUCUUCGCUAAAGCUGAGAAGAAUGACCAUCUUCAACAGCAACUUCGAGCCAACAUUAGGUCUACGGUAAAGCAUGCAACCGGUCGGAUCAAGUACCAUUUCCUGGGCGACGCGAACAGCACCCGGAUCGCAGCCGACAUCCUGGAAAACGUGUUCGAUACAAUUCCGCACAGAGAGGAUCUAAGCAUACAUGUGCAGACAAACGAAGUCGAAUCGGUCGUCGCGAAAGUGGGACACGACGUAUGGCCUAUUCAGCAGUUGUUUAAAAGUUACCGAAAGAAAUACAAUCUCUUCAACGACAUAUUUUACUUCAUUCCGUUCGCCCUUCACAAGGUCAUUGACCUGUCUGAGGUCGAUCGCAUAAUCAAGGUGGAUGCCGACAUGAGAUUAAUGACCGACAUUCGGAAACUUUGGCGGGAGUUUGAUGAAUUCAAAGAGGAGACAAUAUUCGCGCUGGCUCAAGAGCAACAACCUGUAUAUUAUCAAAGGUUUGCGAUAGCACGCGAGGCUGUUGGUGACGACAGGCUGGGCAUGCCGCCACCUGGUGGCAAACCGGGUUACAAUGGCGGCCUCUACCUCAUCAACCUCGACCACAUGUCGAAAUCUAAGAAAUAUCAAGCGGCGGUAGCCGAGAGAAAUCUGAGAUAUUUAAUGCGAAAGUACUAUUUCACGAAAUCGCAUCUCGGCGACCAAGAAGUGGUGACGAUAUUGAGCAUGGAGUAUCCCGAAGUGUUUCACACGCUGCCGUGCACGUGGAAUCGGCAGCUGUGCCGCAAGUAUGCGCGCUCCAUCACCAUGCCCUCGGCUUUAUUCGAACUGUUCAACCGAUUCUGUCGCAGAAGAGUACGUAUCCUGUUAUGGGUAAGCGCCCUCGCCAUCAUACUCUACUGCAGUCUUCUGCCAGAGCAGGAGCAGAGCAGAAACCCUGUCGGACAGCCGGAAACAGUUCACAUCCUCAUGUUCUUCGCUAAAGCUGAGAAGAAUGACCUGCUUCAACAGCAACUUCGAGCCAACAUUAGGUCUAUGGUGAAGCAUGCAACUGGUAGGAUCAAGUACCAUUUCCUGGGCGACGCGAACAGCACCCGGAUCGCAGCCGACAUCCUGGAAAACGUGUUCAAUACAAUUCCGCACAGAGAGAAUCUAGUCAUACAGGUGCAGACAUACGAAGUCGAAUCGGUCGUUGCAAAAGUAGUACACGACGUAUGGCCUAUUCAGCGGUUGUUUAAAAGUUACCGAACGAAAUACAAUCUCUUCAACGACAUAUUCUACUUCAUUCCGUUCGCCCUUCACAAGGUCAUUGACCUGUCUGAGGUCGAUCGUAUCAUCAAAGUGGAUGCCGACAUGAGAUUAAUGAACGACAUUCGGAAACUUUGGCGGGAGUUUGAUGAAUUCAAAGAGGAGACAAUAUUCGCGCUGGCUCAAGAGCAACAACCUGUAUAUUAUCAAAGGUUUGCAAAGGCACGCGAGGCUGUUGGUGACGACAGGCUGGGCAUGCCGCCACCUAGUGGCAAACCGGGUUACAAUGGUGGCCUCUACCUUAUCAACCUCGACCACAUGUCGAAAUCUAAGAAAUAUCAAGCGGCGGUAUCUGAGAGAAAUCUGAGAUAUUUAAUGCGAAAGUACUAUUUCACGAAAUCGCAUCUCGGCGACCAAGAAGUGGUGACGAUAUUGGGCAUGGAGUAUCCCGAACUGUUUCACACGCUGCCGUGCACGUGGAAUCGGCAGCUGUGCCGCAAGUAUGCGCGCUCCAUCACCAUGCCCUCGGCUUUAUUCGAACUGUUCAACCGAUGUGACGGAGCGGUGAACUUGUACCACGGCAACUGUCACACGCCAUUUCCACCCGAAGCUGAGUUGUAACCGAGCGCGUAUGUGCAUGUUUUGUCGUGCGGCUCUUAACGCAAUUCUAGUUUAAUCGCAACGACGUGCAUUGUAUUUGGCAGAUUGAUAGUAUGCGUUGUAUAUGAUUAUUAAUUAAGGAGAAACUUAGGAAAGUGUUGAGCAACUUUAGAUGCACUCUAUUUGAAAAAACAGUGGACAAAAUAUAUAGUACGCAUUUAAAAGAUAAUAUUGUAAAUGGCGCUCCGUAGCUAUAGAUGAGUUUAAUAAAUGUCCACGUUGCAACGCGAAACGUUGUUGCUGUUUCAAGCCUCUAAUUCGAUUCAAUUAAGAGCAUUUAUGAUAAAAAAACAUUUGGAGUAUAUGCCAUUUGGGGACUGCUAGCAAUGGGUUGAAUCCCUUAAUAGUUAUUUACUUAUUUCUAUCUGUUAGGAUUGCCAAACGUAAAGAAAGCUUGCUAAAAUCACUGGAUGCAGUAUCAUGUCCACCCGCUCACGCUACAUCUAUAUGUAUUCAACACCCGCACGCGGUGUUCAUAUAUAUAGAUGCAGUGUGAGCAGGCUGGUAUGCAGCUCUAGAACUAUAGUCCUUCGCUCUGCCUGUGACAUGAUACUGCAGCCAGCGAGUAAAAGAGCAAGAUUCCGGUUUGUGUUUUGUGUUGUAUGUUGAAUUUUGCGAGCGUUAGUGCACUUUAUAUAUUGUGCUCGUGGCGUUACAUAGAGGAUUCGUCAUCGCGCGAAUAAUAAAUGUAUGUUUGUGAGUUGAACAAAGAAUAAAAGAAUAAAUAUGA